GGCGCGAUGGCGAUGACGACCAUCGUGCCGCACAACAGGAGCCGGCAAUGCCACGACGACGAUGAUGAUGUCAUGUGGGGCGAUGGCUACCCUCACGUUCGCGUGCGUUGGCCUGACCUUGUGGGGAUCACGGUGCAGCAGAGGGCGCCCCAGCUGCACUGCGUGACGGAGUCCACCUGGAUCCCCGCAGCCGUGGAGACAGUGGACGGCUUGGUGUGGACAUGCGAUAGGAGCCCGUUCAACAAAAGAGGUGACGCAGCCAGCGUGCAGUCUCGCAAGCGCUCGGUCGAGAAAGCUGGCAUCCUCAACAUUCGCGCUGGGUCCUGGGUUGUGCCGAGGGACGAGAUCGACAUCACUGUGUACGCGGAUAGGGCUUCCAAGACCACGAAGACUGUCACGCUCCAGCGCUACAAUUUGCUCCACUGGGCCACGCCCUACGAGGGCUUGCAGGCCGCCGUGAAUGACGAAGGCAACGCUGGCAAUUCAGUCGUGGAGGCGUCGUUGCGAGAUGGCCUCCAGAAUUGCAAAGUGUUCCACAAGCGAACCCCCGCGUACGUGCAGGAGUACUUCGUCGACGUUGGCAACGAGACGAACGACGAGCAGAGUUCGCGGACUGCCCUCCAGGUGCUGAUGCCCCAUGACAGCGUCGAGUCGACCUUCUUCCAGAAGAAGAAGCUGUACGAGUGGUCAGUGGCAAGCUUGGGCCAGCGGCAAUACGCAGAGAAGAGGUUCGAGGUCGCUGAGAGCAUGUUCGUUAACCGUUGGCGUUCGAGCCACCAGUAUGAUCAGAGCCUCAGCGCGCACAAAGAAGCAGAACAUAAAGACAACGUGCUGCCCUCGGGCAAGAGAGUCUGGGACGCCGUGUGGGAGCAGAGCCAGGCCAGCGUUGAUUGGAUGCACCCAUCGAUCAACGGCAAGCACUGGAAGGUCAUCGACAAGUUCGUCCAUUGCAUGAAGCUCGUGAAGAAAGGCUUCCCUGGCUACGCCGUGGACUUGUUCCUGCUGUCGUUGCCCCGCAUUCCGACCGCGGUCGUGGGGGUCUCAACCUUCUUCCCGCAGGGCCUGGAUGUCGAGGCAGCGAGGGUGGAGGCUAGCGCCAAGAAGAAGGCGCACAAGAGGCGUCGGACCGUUGCUCUCGAGGAAGGGCCUGGCCUGGACUCGGCCAGGACCACGGCGUGGCUGGACGACUUGACUAAUUUCUUGGACUACUGCCCCUCUAAGCUCAGGUGCGAUGCAGACGCGAUCAACAGCAUGAAGUAUAUUUCAAUGUGUGCGACUUCCACUGGCUCCGUACGCCUCUACUCUCAGCCCAACGGCCAGAAACAGACCGUCAUCACCAAGUGGAGCACUCUGAGAAAGAUAAUGAAGAAGGAUGCUUAUCGGCGAUCCCAGCUUCAGCCGAGGCCGACGGACCCUGACUUCAACGUGGGCGAGACUUUGGACGCCGCGCCGAUUCAGGACGACGUUCACGUCCCCCCCGAGGACAUGAUCUCCGACUACUUGCCUGUCGUUGGGGGCAUCGUGGCGCACUUGAAGAAACACCCGCCCGAUGACGAGGAGUCCUGGAAGACCAUGGUCUCCCAGGGAGUCGGGGCCGUGGUGAUGAGUAGCAUGGCCAAGAUCUACAGCGAUAAGGACUGCAGCCCUGGGGCUGCUUCGAAGUACGUGGUGGAAGCGGCCGCAGACUUCGCGCUCACGCUACUUCCCUUCAAUGUCGACGUAGACUUCGAGAAGCUGCUGCGAGCGAUCAAGGACAUGAAGUCGGAUGUUCCCGAAGCGUGCCAGCAGCUCGUGAUUUUCCAAGAGAAGGGCUUUCUCAAACCCAAGUCCAUGCGAUGGAAUCUCGCGAUUCGCGUGGUGUGCGAGAUGGGCCAGGUCAGAACUCCCAGCGGGGCCCAGGUCAUCGGCAAUGAGGUAAUACAGGUGCUCGAAGUGUGCAAGGACUCGUUCAAGUUCUGCAGUGGUGCGCAGGAUGAAGAGCCCUGGGUGGUUGGGACCGAAGCAACCUACAACCUGACGUUCCACGAUGCCCUCGACAAGCUCUACGGCGCAGUUCUGACGUUCGUGGCCCACGACACCGCGGCCCUCGAGAACGACGCGGCGGCUUUCAAGGAGAGGAUCUGCAAGAUGAAGGGCAAGGACCUCGGCGCCAUGUGCAAGCAGGAGAA